AUGUCUGAAUCAUCGGAGGCUGAAAUACAGAGUUGGAAUGGCGGAGUCCCAGAAGUUGAAGAGGAACUUAUUCCAAUUGAUAUUCCGAAGUUUAAGCAUUUGAAAGGGUUUGCUUCAAACUUUAACAAAAAUCCUCUAGAAAUGGUGAAAAAAUCAAUUGAAGUUAAUAACAACUUGGAUGAUGCAUCAGCACUUGGACCAUUCCUGUUUUAUAAUGAAGGCGUAUCACCAAUUGCUAUGACAAAACUCGUUUUCGGACCUGAUUUUCCAUUCGACGUUAGGACAUUUCUUUUCUAUUUCUUUUCAUCAAUAUCACACGAAUACACCAUACUUUCUAAGUCGACAUAUUAUUGUUUAUCAAGAAUUGCUUUUCCAGAUAAUCCUCAACAAAUACAAAUUAUUUUUGACUGUUUUGCAUCGGCAUAUUGUACAUGCAACCCUGAAUAUAACUAUGACCUUGCUUCCGUGAUAGCAAUGGCAAAAACUUUACUUAUUGCUUCGGGAUAUAAUAUUCCAAAUGGCAAAUUACCAUUACCUCGAUUUUUAGAUUUGUGCAAGUAUUCCAAUAUCCCAGACAACCACAAAAUGAAGCUUUACGACGAAAUUAACAAGAAACCGAUUCCAAUAUUUUUCACUUUUACUCAUUUUUCAUCUCCUCCAGAGUAUGAAAAGAAAGGCAUGUUGAAAAAGAUCGGUGGCCUCUUCAAGACCAAAAAAGACCGUUGUUUCGCAAUCGACGGUUUUGUCCUUAAAUAUUACAACAACAACACAAUGCGCGACUUGAUCGGAGAGCUCGACAUACCAGGCACGAUUUCUUCGUUCAUACCUGCUACGAAAAAGGAACCAGAUUAUUUGCUCAUAAGACGUAAAGAUGGAGGUUCUUUGGGCUACAAGAUCUCAAAGGAAGGAGUCAGAAAGAAGAGCAACCAUGAUGAUUACAUCGCUUAUGCAGAAAAAGAAGAUAUUUUAUCAUGGGCAAAUACAUUGAAUCUAAUCUCGUUUUGGCAGCUUUUCAUUGACACUUUGCAGUAA